GCGCCGGCCUGUCUCUACGGGGUGGCUCGUGGGCCCAUACCUGGGGGCCGGAGGGACCUUCGAUUGCGGGAGAUUUCGCAGUCCGAGCGGGAUCGGAACACACAUGGGGCUGGGUCCGCGCUCCCCCCACAAGGCGGGGCGCCGACUCCCCGCUGGCAGCAAACGGGGGCGCGGGGCCCAGGCGUCGGGGCGCGCCCCACCAGGCCGCAGACAGCAGCCGCGGCAGCUUCCUGACGGGCGCUCGGAGCCAGCUUUAGAUGCCUACCCCCACCUGAGCCCCGAAGCCUUGGGGUAUUUCCGCCGGGCUCUGUCCGCGCUGAAAGAGGCUCCUGAGACCGGGGAAGAACGAGAGCUGAUGGUGAACAAUAUUUUGAAGGAAGUGGAGGCUCAGGCCCUAGCAUUGGCCACAAACAGGACUGGCAGUGAGAUGCUGCAGGAACUGUUGGGGUUCAGUCCCUUGAAACCUCUCUGUCGAGUAUGGGCUGCUCUGCGCCCCAACUUACGCUUUGUGGCCUGUCAUCGGUGUGGGGUCCAUGUGAUGCAGAGUGCUUUGCUGCAGCUGCCGCGCUUGCUAGGAAGUCCUGCAGAGAAGGAGGAGGUGGAGGACGGGGAGGAGGAGGAAGAGGAGGAGGAGGCGGCGGCGGCUGGGAAGGCUGGUACCUUGGAGACUUUGGAGGAGCUGGUCCUGGGACUCGCCGCUGAGGUGUGUGAUGAUUUUCUUUUCUACUGUGGAGACACACAUGGCAGCUUCGUGGUCAGAACUCUACUGCAAGUGUUAGGAGGGGCUCUUCUGGAGUCUGACAGAGCCAGGCCCCGUGGUUCCCAAUCUUCAGAAGCACAAAGGGCCCCAGCUCGAGAGUGCAAGCCAACUGAGUUUGAGGUUCCUGAAGCCUUCUUGAAUUGCCUUAAGGACCUGAGCUCCUGCUUUCUGAAGGACAUUGCUGUGUUUAUCACUGACAAGAUAUCCAGCUUCUGCCUUCAAGUAGCCUUACAGAUCUUACACCGCAAACUCCCCCAGUGUUGUGCCCAUCUCUGCAAUGCUGUGAUUGGCUAUCUGAGUACUCGCAAUUCCUCAGCAGACGGCAGCCCCUUGCUGCUGUUUCUGCGGGAUCAGACGAGCUCCAGACUCCUGGAGCAGGUCCUGCUGGUGUCAGACCCCCCAAGGCUCCAGAGCCUCUGUAAGGAUCACCUCCAGGGGCAGCUGCAGACCCUGGCUGCACAUCCCAUUGCCAACUUCCCUUUGCAGCGCUUACUGGAUGCAAUCACUACCCCGGAGCUGCUGUCCCCUGUGUUCGAGGAGCUGAGCCCUGCCCUGGAAGCCAUACUAGCCCAGGGCCAUCCAGGGGUGGUCGUUGCCCUGGUGGGAGCCUGCCGUAGAGUUGGGGCCCACCAAGCCAAGGUCUUGCAGCUGCUGUUGGAGGCGUUCCACUGUGCAGAGCCCUCAUCCCGGCAAGUGGCCUGUGUGCCUCUCUUUGCCACUUUGAUGGCUUAUGAGGUGUACUAUGGACUGAUGGAGGAGGAGGGGUCAGAGCCUGCGGAGCACCAGGAGGAAGUGGCUGCAGCCAGGGCGCUGGGGGAAGUGACAGUCCUUGGCUCUCUACUGCUUCAGCAUCUGCUGCAUUUUUCCAACCCUGGUCUUAUACUUCGAAGUCUGAGUGCCUUGACGGGACCACAGCUCCUGGCGCUGGCCCAAAGCCCUGCUGGUUCGCACGUGCUCGAUGCCAUCCUGACCAGCCCCUCUGUGACGCGCAAGCAGCGCCGCCGUGUGCUGCGGACCCUGAAGGGACAGUAUGUGGCUCUGGCCUGCAGUCGCCAUGGCAGCCGUGUGCUAGACGCCAUCUGGAGUGGAGCAGCCUUGGGGGCCCGGAAGGAAAUUGCUGCCGAACUAGGGGAACAGAACCAGGAGCUAAUAAGAGACCCUUUUGGCCACCAUGUGGCUCGAAAUGUGGCCCUGACUACCUUCCUGAAGCGACGAGAGGCUUGGGAACAGCAGCAGAGUGCGGUGGCCAAGCGCAGGCGGGCACUGAACUCGAUACUUGAAGACUGAGGCCUUUGGGCUUGGGCAGGUGGGGGGAGGGUGGAAGGAGGUAUCUAUCUUGUUCUUUUUGGGUUUGAAUUGGAGUCAAAAGUUCUUACUA